UAUAAUAUGCGACAGCAUUGCCAUUUCAGCUUGCGAGUUCUAUCGUAUGCUGCUAUACCUAUUAGAAUCCCCCAGACUCAACUUUCAAGAUGGAGUUUAAAUUUAUAUUGUUUUUUGUUCAAACAGCUGCCGUCGCUAUGGCACACGUGAUUACAAUAAAAAACAACUGUCCGUUUACUGUAUGGCCCGGCAUACAAGGCAACCCGGGACACGAACAUCUUGGAAACGGCGGAUUUUCGUUGGGCUCCCAUAAAGCCCGUACGUUUAACACGCCUCAAAAUUGGGCGGGCAGGAUUUGGGCCAGGACCAGAUGUAACGGUCAAGGAAAAUGCGAAACAGGCGAUUGCGGGAACAAACUCCAGUGCAAUGGUGCCGGGGGCGUGCCGCCCGUGUCCCUAGCUGAAAUGACGUUCAUCGGUGCCGGCGGAUUGGACUUCUACGACGUGUCGUUGGUAGACGGUUACAACCUGCCAAUCAGAAUGUUGCCGACCACGCACUUCACAAGCAGUAAAAAAGGUAAGUACGACUGCAAGGCGGCCGGCUGUGUGUCCGAUCUGAACAGCAAAUGUCCGUCUGAGCUGGCAGUUAGAAGCGGCUCCAGUGUGGUGGCGUGCAUGAGCGCCUGUGCGAAGUUCAACACAGACACUUACUGCUGCCGAGGCGCCCACAAAACCCCGGCAACUUGUAAGAGCAGUUCGUGGCCCAAAAACUAUCCCGCGUAUUUCAAGGCAGCCUGUCCGGAUGCUUACAGUUACGCGUACGACGACACGACCAGCACUUUUACGUGUCGCGGCAAACCGUCUACCAAUUAUGAUGUCAUAUUUUGCCCUUAAGUCAUCAGCUUGUUUAUUUUGUAUUCAUGUAGUUACAGGGGCGGAUAGGCUUAUCGGGAAAUCAGGAUUUUCUUGGUGGGCCCUGUCCGUACCAAACUACGAGGCUCCAGUCUCAGCACGGUAUUUUUAUUUUAUGUUUUAAAUGUUAUUAAUAAUAUAAUAAUAAUAUCAAACUAUAUACAAUUUGGAAACAGUUUAUUAAGUUUAUUUUAUUAAUAGGUAUUUGGUUAAUUAAAAAUGAAAUAAAUACUUUUGCGUUUACGUUAAUAAUACAUGACAAUAUGACAUUGUA